AUGCGUGAGGGCAAAAAUAAAGAUAAUACUAAUAUUGUCAAAACAAAAAAAUCGGGAUUUCGUUCACAGGAGACCCCAAAGAACAAAAACAAGAAAUUCAGAAAAUUACGGAAAUCGUCACUCAGCAGAGCCCAGAAGAAUUUUGCUGUUUUCAACAAGAAUGAUGAGUUUUUGAAUAAGUACGAAAAUUUGGCAUUGGAUAUAAGCGACGUUGAAAAUACCGAUAUGUCGACAAGCGAAAAAACGAGAGCUGAGAACAGCGGCGAUGAGAGUACGGGAGAUGUUCCCGUGAGUGAGACUCAAAAUGGAAAUGCAUUGGAUGCGAACCAGGACUUUAUAUCUAUCGAUCUUUCGUCCGAAGACGAUGAGGACGUCGAUGACGAGGCCAACAAAAAUGAGUCUCAAAAGGGUUCAGAAGAACCGAGAGUUGCGGGCAAUUACGAUUACGACAAUUACGACGACGAGUUUCCCAACGAGGAAGAAGUCGGCGUUCGCCAAACGCUGAACACGGACUAUCCAUGGAUUUUGAACCAUGAUCAUUCUAAACAACGAGAGAUAGCGGAUUGGUUGACUUUGGAAAUUAAGGAUUUCGUUGCGUAUAUUUCACCGAGUCGUGAAGAAAUCGAAUUACGGAAUGCGACCAUCUCGAAAAUUAGACAAGCGGUCAAGGCUUUAUGGCCAGACGCCGAUCUACAUGCAUUUGGAUCUUUUGCAACAGAUCUGUACUUGCCAGGGUCAGACAUUGACUGUGUGAUCAACAGCGCUGCGGGUGACAAAGAGAACAGAAAUUGUCUUUACUCUUUGGCCAGUUUCUUGAAAAGACGAAAUUUGGCAACCCAAGUCGAAGUCAUUUCCAAAGCGAGAGUGCCCAUCAUCAAGUUUGUUGAACCUGAUUCGCGAAUUCAUAUCGACGUUUCAUUCGAGCGCAUAAAUGGACUGGAGGCGGCGAAAAUAAUUCGCGGGUGGCUCAAAGAGACACCGGGAUUGCGGGAACUAGUUCUAGUAGUAAAACAAUUUCUCAGUUCGCGGAGGCUGAAUAAUGUCCAUACUGGAGGUCUAGGUGGAUUUAGCAUUAUAUGCUUGGUCUACUCUUUCUUACAACUGCAUCCGCGUGUCAUGAGCAGCGACAUUGAUAGCAUGGAUAACUUAGGAGUUCUUCUCAUAGACUUUUUCGAACUUUAUGGUAAGAAUUUUGGUUACGACGAUGUGGCAAUUUCCGUGUCAGACUAUUCUGCCAGCUUUCUGCCGAAAAUGGAUUAUCCUAGUUUGCGAAAUCCAAGGACCACAUUUUCGUUGGCUAUCCAGGACCCUGGAGAUCCUGAUAAUAAUAUUAGUCGAGGCUCGUUCAACAUCCGUGAUAUAAAGAAAGCUUUUGCAGGUGCCUUUGAUUUGCUCACGAAUCGAUGUUUUGAAUUAGAUUCGGCUACUUUCAAGGAUAGGCUGGGGAAAAGCAUAUUGGGAAAUGUUAUCAAAUACAGAGGCAAACAACGAGAAUUUAAAGAUGAACGUGCAUUGGUAGUUAAUAGAGCCAUUGAAGAGAAUGAGCUCUAUUACAGGAAAAGAGGUAGAAUUGUACAUGAGGAAGUUUUUACGGAUGUGAGCGAAGAUGAGCAAGAUGUGUACAAGGUUGAAUCUCCCGCUCGUAAGAAAUCUAAGAAGUCAACUAAAAGCGAUGGUGGUGAAACGUCGAAAAAAAAGGCAGCAGUCAAGAAGGUUGUAGAUCAAACUGAAAGGCAAAAUGUCAAGUCAGUAGAGGAUUUGUUGGGCUUGCAGCAGGAGGAGGACGAAGGAGACGACUACGUUCCACCAGCUCCCGUUGGAAACGUAGCUGAAGGUGAUGCCCAACUGUCGACACUUCGGGAAAAAUCGGUCGAUGCCCAAACGCGGCGGGACUAUUGGUUGAGUAAAGGGCAGGCACUGUGA